AUGGUGGUAAAUGAGUUGCUUAAAUGCAUAUAUUUCUCAAUACAGGCUAAAAGGGUGAUAUCGGAUCUCUUUACUCUCUGUCCUGAUGCAAAGACCGCAACUGAGGUCACUCCAGAGGAGAUUGAAACGAUUAUAAAAACACUAGGUCUACAAAGGAAGAGGGCAGCGAUGAUACAGCGCCUCUCUCAGGAGUACUUGUGGGAAAGCUGGACCCACGUGACUCAGCUGCAUGGCGUUGGCAAGUAUGCAGCUGAUGCGUACGCAAUAUUUUGUACAGGAAAGUGGGACCUGUUUACACCAGGACCUGAUAGUAGGGGCUCUCUUAUUCUGAAAAUAUCAUCAACUUCAACCUCUUUUCAAGUUCAAAGGUAUUGGGUUUCAAGCCCAAAAAUGAGGAGGUUGCAACUUGCAGGGGGCUUUAUGAGCAACAACAUUUGAUAGGAGUUCAAAUUUCUUUUCUGUGAGCGUGAUGGCAUUAGCAGAGGCUUUUUGUUGAUUUGUUGAGGGAACCUUGCUGCUGCAUGAGGGGCAUGUGUGCUGAAAAAUAGUGGAUAAAGUAGGGAGUCGAGUAGAAGUGGAUGAACUAACUAGUGAUGGUGAUGGUGAUUGAAAGAAAUCUAAUGAUGGAGAAGCUUGAAAGGAUCAGGAUGAGUAUGGGUAGAAGUUUAUUUAUGGUCAUGUUCAUCCUUUUCCAUCUGCAAUAUUUGCAGUCGAUUGGUAGAGUUACCAAAAAGAAAAAGAAAAAAAAAAUGACAUUGCAAACUUUUAAAAGAUGGUAACUCAAUUGAUAUGGUAACUUUUUAAAGAUGGAGAAUACGAGAGCAAAAAUAAUGAAAGAUUAAAGGGAUAACUAAAGUUUCCCAUAAAUUGAAAUUCUAGAUUAACUUUAUUACAACAUAGUUAACAAAUUUAAAGGCAUGCUGAAAUAAAUUACAGAAGGAACUUCUCUCUAUUUCUCACACACGUACACUUGCAUCUGUUCUAGCCAGUACAGACAGCUAUGGAAAGAUAUGUUGGUUUUCCUCCCGACAUAACUCAAACGUGCCUAAAUAUCCAUGGUGUUGACGUUCUUUCCAAAAAAUAGCCUUCCGGGUGGACGAUGAAUUUGCAUUGGGUACAUUCUAAGGCCACGCCAUCAAAAGGCUUGCCACAUGAAUCACAAGGAGAAGAGUCCUUAGUCUUGUGCACAACAGUGAGAGAAUGUGGGUGAUCUUCGUCUUUGUAUUUUUUUCCAAAUUUAGUGUAUCGAUAUUUCUCUAGGAUGCAA